GGCGAGAAGAUCUGCAAAAGUUGUGAUUUUUCAAUAAAUGCAGAAUCAUCAGUUGUUUUUUUACACUUUGUUUUUGUGCGGCAUACUUUUGAGUUCAAUCAAAUGCAAUCAACAAAUAUAUAGAAUAGUGAAUAAUUAAACGCUAAGCAGUAAGAUAUGGGUACUCUAAAUGAAAUGAGCGGUGUUCGGAAUAUAACUAGUCGCAGAUCUCUGGCACCACUACUAGUUGGUAUUUUAGUGGGCUUUUUAGUAGCAACUGUAUUUAUAUCUGCCGAACCAAAUUCAAUAUGGUUGAAUUUUUCGGGUAGACGUAACGUUGAUUUACGUGAUCCCCAUACUGGAGGUGAUUUGGCAGAUGCAGAGGGGCCUGAGAAGGAUGUUGGUUCACAUGCAAAUCACGAAGGAGCACACGCACAUGAAAACAAAUCCGUCGCACAUCAAUUAUAUAAUGAUGUAAGAAUUCUUUGCUGGAUUAUGACAAAUCCAAAGAAUCACCAGAAGAAAGCACGGCAUGUUAAACGCACCUGGGGUAGUCGCUGCAAUCGCCUCUUGUUCAUGAGCUCAAUUGAAGACCCUGAGCUGGAAUCGAUUGCGUUACCAGUGAAAGAAGGACGUAACAAUCUGUGGGCUAAAACCAAAGAAGCAUUUAAAUAUAUUUACAAACACCAUAUGGAUGAAGCUGAUUGGUUCCUAAAAGCAGAUGACGAUACAUAUGUCAUAGUCGAAAAUUUAAGAUACAUGCUGUACCCAUAUUCGCCAACGUUCCCCAUAUAUAUGGGGUGUAAAUUUAAAACAUUUGUAAAACAGGGUUAUAUGAGUGGAGGAGCAGGCUAUGUUCUGUCAAAGGAGGCAGUAAAACGAUUCGUUGAAGACGGUAUCCCAAAUAAAAACAAAUGUAGACAAUCGGCUGAUGGCGCGGAGGAUGUAGAAAUUGGAAAAUGUCUUGAGAAAGUCAAUGUAUUCGCGGGUGAUUCACGAGAUAGUCUUGGCCGUGGACGUUUCUUUCCUUUUGUACCUGAACACCAUCUGAUUCCUGGACAUGUGGACAAAAACUUUUGGUAUUGGAAGUAUAUUUUCUAUGAAACGGACGAGGGUUUGGAUUGCUGCUCUGAUAAUGCUGUUUCAUUCCACUACGUAUCUCCAAAUCAAAUGUAUGUAUUGGAUUAUUUGAUUUAUCAUAUGCGGCCAUAUGGAAUUGUUUCGCAUUCACAACCAUUACCAGAGAAACUGCUCUUUUCCGAUAUAGCCGGUAACGAACAAAUUACAAUAACGAGCGAUAGCAAUAAAAACAAACAAAACUAGUGGACUAAGGAAUUCGGUCACAAAUUUUAUACCAAAGUAUAUAUUAUUAAUGAAGUUAUUGAUGAAAUCUCAAAUCACAAGUGUGAAACUCUGUCACGAAAACGAGAGGAAUAUUGAUUAAUUCUGUUUUGUUCAUUUGUUCUAAACACAGUGUGUAUAAUAAUUAUACUUUAAUUUAAUGAUGGAAGCAUGAACAAAUUCUCGAUGCCAUAGAGAAUCUACCAGUUUUUUUUUUGUUAAAAGGAAUGCGUGCAGAAAUAAACAAAAAUGAAACAGAA